AAAAUAAUGAACAAAUCUACAAAGAAAUUAAUUAUGUGCGAAAGUGAUUGUUGCAUUUGAAAUUAUCAAAUUACAAAACAUGCCUUAAAUCUAGUGGUUAUAUACCAUUUUGUUUAUUUCACAUUAACAAAUAUAUAUUUCUGACUAAUAACUAUACGUCGUUGGAACAAAAGGUAAUUUGGAAAAAGAAAAAACAAAACCAAACUUAGUUAGUAAGAAGCACUUUCCACUAUUAUCUUCCUUCCCCACCAACUUCAUACCACAAUAAUCAUGUUCAAUAAUACCACCACCGGAGCCUUCGUCCCUACUCCCUCUACUACAGUUCCCACCACCGUCUUCCCCGGCACCACCAUCACUUCCAACUCCACCUUCAUCAUCAUCGGACCUCCUCCACCGUUCCCGGCGCCUCCUCGGAGCAUCAACUUCACUCCUCUCAUACUAAUCAUCGCCGUCAUAGCAAUCGUCGCCGUUCCCGCCUUAAUCUACGCUCUUUUCUUCUCACGUUCUUCCCGCCGCCGCAGCUCCUCCUCCUCCCGCCGCCGCAGCAACAGCUCUUUCUCCGACGAUCAUGUCACCGUGGAAAUCACAUCGCCGACCACGGCCGAGAGAGACGCCUCAACCGUCGCGCCUGAUUCCGGCGGGAAGUUCAAGAAAGAGACUCAUUCCAAGGAGACCGGGAACGAGUGCCCCGUGUGUCUGUCGGUGUUCGCCGACGGCGAAGAGAUCCGGCAACUGAGCGCGUGUAAACACGCGUUCCACGUGUCUUGUAUUGAGCCGUGGCUCAAAGAUCAUCUCAAUUGUCCCAUAUGCCGAGCAGGCGUCGCCGUUAAACAGACAGAAGCCAACGUUAAUGUUAACGGUAACGUGAAUCGCAGCGGUGGUGGUAACCGCAGAGUUUCGGCGACCAGUUGAGAUGAUGAUUGGCGUCAAGGACUACCUGAUGCUUCUAGUUUAGUUUGAUUUUUCUUAUAUUUUUUGUAAUUUAUUUCUCGGUUUUUGUAAUCUAUGAAAUGAUUUUGAAAUAUUUAUUGUGGCUGUUAGCAAAUUGUUUUGUGUUCG